UGGAUAAAGGAAGAUGGCGAACUGCGGGGGCUCAGCAUGCUGCUGCUGGGGGGACCCGGGGAGCCGCACCCCGGAGGAACUGACCAUCCUUGGGGAAACACAUGAGGAAGAUGAGGAGAUCCUGCCCCGUAAAGAUUAUGAAAGCUUGGAUUACGACAGAUGUAUCAACGAUCCGUAUCUAGAAGUUCUGGAGUGUAUCAGCCGCAAGAAAUCCAGAAGAUAUGAAGCCGUGAGAUGGAUAAUGGUGUUUGCCAUCGGUGUAUGCACCGGCCUGGUUGGGCUCUUCGUAGAUUAUUUUGUCCGAUUAUUCUCCCAAUUUAAAUACAGACUGGUAGAGAGCUCAGUCGAAGAAUGUUCAGAUAAAGGAUGCCUGGCGGUCUCUUUGCUGGAACUGCUUGGAUUCAACUUGACCUUUGCCUUUGCUGCCACAGUCUUUGUCCUGAUACAGCCUGUGGCCGCCGGCUCUGGGAUCCCUGAAAUCAAAUGUUAUCUAAACGGCGUGAAAGUACCUGGCGUGGUGCGUCUCCGAACCCUUGUCUGCAAAGCGCUGGGCGUCCUAUUCAGUGUUUCUGGAGGUUUGUUUGUCGGGAAGGAGGGUCCGAUGAUUCACAGCGGCGCUGUGGUUGGAGCCGGUCUACCACAGUUUCAGAGCAUCUCCUUCCAGAAAAUCAACUUUGACUUUCCAUAUUUCCGCAGUGACCGGGACAAGAGGGACUUUGUGUCUGCAGGAGCUGCAGCUGGAGUUGCUGCUGCUUUUGGAGCUCCAAUAGGGGGCACUCUGUUCAGUUUGGAAGAAGGAUCUUCUUUCUGGAAUCAGGGGCUCACAUGGAAAGUGCUCUUCUGCUCCAUGUCGGCAACUUUCACUCUGAAUUUCUUUCGCUCUGGGAUACAGUUUUCAAGCUGGGGAUCUUUCCAAGUGCCUGGACUUCUGAAUUUUGGUGAAUUUAAGUGCUCUGAUUCAGAUAAACAAUGUCACCUGUGGACUAUAGUUGACUUGGCGUUUUUUAUCAUCAUGGGUGUGGUUGGAGGUUUGCUAGGCGCCACCUUCAAUUGUCUGAAUAAAAGGCUUGCCAAAUAUCGAAUGAAGAAUGUACACCCGAAACCUAAGCUGGUCAGGGUCUGUGAGAGUCUACUUGUCUCCUUGGUUACAACGGUGAUCGUGUUUGUAGCAUCCAUGGUCUUGGGAGAAUGCAGAACUCUCUCUCCACCAACAAACUGGAGCAAUAGCAGCCAUUCCUUGCCGGUUCCUUGGGUCUCCAAUUCAGAAGACGUGAAUUCCAGCAUCAAGACCUUCUUCUGUCCUAACAACACCUACAACGAUAUGGCCACUCUAUUUUUCAACCCGCAGGAGUCCGCCAUCUUACAGCUGUUCCAUCAGGAUGGCACUUUCAGCCCCGUCACUCUGUCUUUCUUCUGCUGUAUGUAUUUCCUCCUCUCAUGCUGGACUUAUGGUAUCUCUGUCCCCAGUGGUCUGUUCGUACCCUCGUUACUUUGUGGCGCUGCCUUCGGUCGCUUGGUUGCUAACCUGCUCAAAAGUUAUUUGGGGCUGACCCACAUCUACUCUGGAACAUUUGCAUUGAUUGGCGCUGCGGCCUUUCUUGGAGGUGUGGUCCGCAUGACCAUAAGCCUUACUGUGAUCCUCAUCGAAUCGACCAAUGAGAUCUCAUAUGGAUUGCCAAUCAUGAUUACACUGAUGGUUGCAAAAUGGACGGGUGAUUUAUUUAAUAAAGGGAUAUAUGACAUCCAUGUGACCCUGAAAGGCGUCCCUCUCCUGGAGUGGGAAACCAAGGAAGAAAUGGACAAGUUGAGAGCCAGCGAUAUAAUGGAACCCAACCUUACCUAUGUUUACCCCCAUACCCGGGUCCAGUCGUUGGUCAGCAUCCUCCGUACAACCGCACAUCAUGCGUUUCCUGUUGUCACCGAGAACCGUGGCAAUGAGAAGGAAUUCAUGAAAGGGAACCAGCUUAUAAGCAAUAAUAUUAAGUUUAAGAAAUCCAGCAUUUUGACUCGUGCAGGCGAGCAGAGGAAGCGGAGUCAGUCUAUGAAGUCUUAUCCGUCCAGCGAGCUGCGCAAUAUGUGUGAUGAGCAUAUUUCAUCCGAGGAACCUGUGGAGAAAGAGGAUAUGUUGCAGCAGAUGCUGGAACGGAGAUAUACCCCUUAUCCCAAUCUUUACCCCGACCAGUCUCCAAGUGAGGAGUGGACCAUGGAAGAACGUUUCCGACCUUUGACCUUCCAUGGUCUUAUUCUACGUUCUCAGCUGGUCACAUUACUUGUCCGUGGUGUGUGCUAUUCUGAAAACCAGUCGAGUGCCAGCCAACCACGUUUGUCCCAUGCUGAGAUGUUAGAAGAUUACCCUCGUUACCCGGACAUUCACGACGUCAAUCUCACCCUCCUGAACCCCCGCAUGAUUGUGGAUGUCACCCCAUACAUGAAUCCAUGCCCCUUCAGCGUUUCUCCAAACACCCAUGCCUCUCAGGUGUUUAAUCUCUUCAGAACCAUGGGGAUACGACAUUUACCGGUGGUUAAUGCUGUGGGGGAGAUUGUCGGUAUAAUAACCCGCCACAACUUGACCCAUGAAUUCCUGCAAGCGCGUCUGAGGCAACACUACAUGACCUCCUGAUCGUUUAAGUGACGCGCCUCCCCCCGAUUGCCUCUUGUACACUAUGUGCCGGAGGGUUGUUUUCCAAAGACUCCAAGCAUGGGCUCCGACGUAGUGAACGAUUUGAUUCUAAUUUGAUACACCUGCCAGGCCCGUCUCUCUCCACCCUUACCUGCCUCCUUGAACAAGGAAUCUGCUGCUGCUGCAAGAUGUUAGGAUCUAAACGUAUGCUGCACUCGGUUAAUGGACUGUUACGUGUUCUAAUGCUGUGGGCAUUUUGGCUCCUGGUGUGAGCCCCUGUAUUGUAAUGUGUCUUCUCUUGUUCUACUGCUUUGAGGGGUGUAUUCCUGUGCAGAGUCAACUGUUCAAUUAUGACGUCGGUGACUAUCUACAAGCUUUAGACAGGUGAGGGGUUACGGCCAUCUCUUCCACCCAUUGGAAUGGGCACAGCCCAUAUCUUCAAAAGAAACUUGUCUUCCCAACGUAGAUGGAUGAAUCUUCCGUUUAUUUUACACCCCUACCGCAAACGUUUAUUUUAACAUUCCUUCGAAAUCUAGUGAAUUGAUUUCCUUCCAGACUUUUUAUUGGCACUGCAAAAGAUGUUACAUGCUCUUACUAUGUGUCUUGACUGUGUGAGGACCAGGGUCUUGUAUACCUGAGGCGUCCAAUCUGGGUGCUUUCCUUCUGUUGGUAAAAUACACUUUCUAUAACUCUCUUCCAGACCGGGGGAAUGGGAGCUGUACUUUACCAAGAGCAAGGGAUGGCAAUCUGAUUUCCCUUAUUUUUAUAAACCCAGAGGUGAGCUUAUCCUUAAACGCCCAACAUGAAAUACUGACUUAUGCUUGCCCCUGUCCAUCCAUGUACUUACCGGGUGUGUAAAUACAAACUUAAUCAUUCAUGUUUUCUAAUUAAUGGAAUAGCUGUGGCGUGCCACCUAACGUAUCCUUAAAUGGCUACCCUCCUGCCCCCUCCAUGGAUUAUUCCAUUGUUUUUUGGGUUUUUUUUUACCACUAACUCCAGAUAUGUCCCAUAAUGUGACAUUGUAGCAAAACAAAUCUAUUCUUUAAAUACUUGUAAGGUUCAAGUGGGGUUUUAACGUGGAGGGGGGAUAAAAAGUAUUGCUCAUUUAAUCUCGCUAUAAAAUAAAAAUAUACAGGUUUAUGGUUUCAUCAGAUUAUCCUGGCUUCGACGAAUAAUUGUAAUGACAAACUUGCAAGGACAGAGCCGAAUCUCUGCUGCUUUUUGUUUUUCUUUUUUCAAUGAAGGAACGUUUAUUUUUGCUAAAAAUGUCAUCGUAAUCUGUCAAAAAGACUUUUGAAAUCAUGCUGGGUCUUACGGAAACAUUUUGUUCCCAAUGUCCCAGAAUAUACUGCUAUUUUUUAACUAAACAUUGUGGGAGGUUAGGAAGAGAUGUAAUUGUUAAUUGUGAUCGUCUUCAUAGCUACCGAGCUCUCAUUAACCCUUCCAUGCCAGAGAGACCUGGGUUUCAUUCUGGUUAAAGAGAAAGUCUCUUUCGAGAUGUGUAUUUUUGAAUCCAGUUUUUAAAUGUAGAAAUAUUAGUCUAGCUUUUAACACAUAUUUCAGCUAAUACGGGAAUACACGGUCCAUUUGUUUUCCCAUAUUACUUCAUAAUUCCACUUCUGUUCCAAGUCCUUGUUGAUAUUAAGCAGGACUCAAACCUUUCUUACAAAACAACCACGUGACAUGGGACCCAGUGUAUUGUGCGAGAUGAUCAUGGUAAAAUUUACUUAAUUUGCAUAAAAUGCCUUGUCUGUGCCUUGUCAGAAGGCAGUUCUAAUUUCAUUAUGGUUUAAGUAUUAGAUUUUCCAUCUCUCAAUCUAUAUUUUUGUAUAUCAUCAUGUGAGUAUCACUUGUAAUAUUAUUUUGGGACACUGGAUUCAAACAUUUAGACACAACCAACGUUCUUUAAUUGUUCAUGAUUGAUGAUGUUUUAUUUUCCCUCAGCGUGCUUUAUGACCCCUUGUCAUGUCAUCCCAUUUAUUAUCAUAUGCACUGUAAAUUAUUUCAUUUUAAUUGUACAUAAUCUGUAGA